GGGAUCUCCUUAAAUGCCUCCAGAUCAGCCACUGGUUCAGUAGUGACAUCCAUAGCAUAGGUCUAGGCUAGAGACCAUAGUUGACAGGAUCCCUGUCAGGAUUCUGUGAGUCUUAGAUUGAGUCAGUAGGUUUGUCAGUUAGGGGUCAAAGUCUACGUGGUGAGGAGUGGAAUCAUUAUGAUUGUGCACCUAUCACCAUGGUGGACCUACGUAGUGGGAAGAGCACUAGUCCCUACACCCCUGAGCAGCAAGAGAAGAUGGCCACCUUAGUUAAAGAGAAUAGAGAGAGGAAGGAGCGCGAGAAGCAAGCUAAGUUGAAGGCUAUCGCAGAGGAACAGGCGGCGAAGAUGAAGGAAUUGGAGGAGGAGAUGGAGAAAAGGAAGAAGGCUGCUGAAGAAGAAGUGGCAGCAGAAGAAGAGAAAGAGAGGAUGAGAAUUGAGAGUAGAGAAGGGAGUAGUGGCACGAAGGAGGAUAAAGAUGCAGAGAUGGACAAAAAAAUAAGUGAGUGGGUUGCUAACUUAUCGUUGGGUGAAGAUGAGGAGGCGCAGAUGUAUGUGCCACGGGAAGAGAAGGAGGCGUUUGCCAGGGCCCUCGCAGUGAUUGAGGACCCCCUUGAACGUCAAGAAGCCAAGGAGGAGAAGAGACUGGAAUGGAAGUUGAGGAUGAAAAGGGAGAAGAAGAGAAGAAGGGAGGAAGCUAAUCGGUUGACCGCAGAAGUGGAAAAGGUGCGGACGUGUAGACAGGAAGUCCAGGCACAAACAAAUGUUUCUGCCAAAAUGGACAAGAUGUUGGGAUACUUAGAGGUGUUGAGUGAGGCCUGGUUAGAGGAACGACAAGCCAAUCGGGGCCAAGACAUCACCCUGAAGGCCAUGCGGUGUGGCAGAAGAGUUAAAGGAAAGGAUGCCAGCCUGGUAGAUGUAGAAGUUUUUAGAAGCAGAGUAGGGGCCCUUGUAGACUCAGGGGCCACCCGCAGUUAUAUCAGCCGUAGGGCGCUGAAGAAGUUGAAGCUAGGAUUGAAAGUCCAGAAAUUGCCAGACCCCAUAGUCAGUGUCCUCGCAGACAACUGCACUAUGCGUGUUGAGGACUAUGUAGAGGGAGUCGAGGCGUACUUUCGCCUAGAGAAGGAUGGGAAGGUGGAGAAAGUUCUCCAUUCCCUGACUCUCCUCGUACUGGAUGACCUUCCCUUUGACGUGGUAUUGGGAAUGGAUUGGGGAGAGGCAGCCGGGGGCACACUCCAUUUAAGGGAGCAUGAGUGUAGGCUCCCCAGUCCGUCAGGUGAGGUUAAGACUGCCCGCCUGUUUCAUGUGUCAGGUGUAGACAACACGCUGGCACAUUGCUGUCUCAGUGCUCCCGCGUUCGCGCGGUUACUGAAAAAGGAGCAAUUAGAGGACCAGGUCUUUGUAGUGUAUGUUAGACCUGUCACUGAGGGCAAGGAAGAGAUAAGUUCCACGGAUCCAACCAUAGCCAAGUUGUUGGAAGAGUUCAAAGACUUGACUGAGUUGCCGACAGGAGUAGUGUCGCGACCCAUCCAGCACAGGAUAGAGAUAGAACCUGGCAGUAGAACUCCAAAGGGAGCAAUUUACAGGAUGUCCCCUAGGGAGUUAGAGGAGCUGCGUAAGCAGUUAGACGAGCUCCUCGAGAAAGGUUGGAUCCGGCCCAGUUCGUCUCCUUUUGGAACACCUGUUUUGUUCGUCCCCAAGAAGGAAGGAGAGUUGAGAAUGUGUAUAGACUAUAGGGGUUUGAACGCGAUUACUGUGAAGAAUGUUGAGCCACUGCCCAGGAUAGACGAUCUUGUAGAUCGGGUGCAGGGUUGUAAGUAUUUCACUAAGAUUGAUUUGAAGUCCGGUUAUCAUCAGAUAGAAGUCCAUCCUGAUGAUCACUAUAAUAGUGCCUUUCGGACUAGAUAUGGGCAUUAUGAGUUUAUAGUGAUGCGCUUUGGACUAACCAACGCGCCAGCUACAUUUCAGCGUUGUAUGAAUGAUCUAUUCAGACUUUGGUUAGACAAGUUUGUAGUGGUUUAUUUAGAUGAUAUUUUAGUUUUUAGUAAGACCCUCCAGGAGCAUCAGGGUCAUCUGAGGGAGGUCUUGGAGAAGCUACGAGAGGCUAACUUCAAGAUCAACGCGAAGAAGUGCGAGUGGGCCAAGACACAAGUCUUGUACUUGGGCCACGUAUUAGACGGAGAUGGCAUUAGGCCAGAGGACAGCCUAGCUAACUACUACAGGAAGUUCGUGAGGAACUUUUCUACUAUCGCCGCUCCCUUGCGCAGGUUGCUAAAGAAAGAGGCAAUCUGGCAAUGGGACAAAGACUGUAUGUCUGCGCUCAAGAAGCUAAAGCGCGCGUUAAUAGAGUACCCUGUCCUCAAAUUAGCAGAUCCGUCCUUGCCAUUUGUCGUCACCACGGACGCGAGUCAGUAUGGGAUAGGCGCCGUGUUACAGCAAGACGACGGCAAUGGCUAUAGACCCGUAGAGUUCAUGUCAGCGAGGAURCCCUGUGAGAAGGUCGCUACCUCCAUGUACGAGAGAGAACUCUACGCUCUCAGGCAGGCUUUAGACCAUUGGAAGCACUACCUGCUUGGGAGGCACUUCAAAGUGUAUUCGGACCAUGAAACGCUUGGAUGGUUACAGACUCAGGUCAAGAUGACACCUAAGUUGACUAGGUGGGCCGCAGAGAUAGACCAAUUCGACUUUGAGCUCAAGCCAGUGAAGGGCAAGUACAACGUAGUUGCGGAUGCUCUGAGUAGAAGAUCAGAGUUGGAGCCGUGGGUGAGCUGGCGUUGGAGCUCGGCAUUCUGUGUCCUGGGUGUAAGGGGGGGUGGGGGGAGGGGCGAAGGAGCGGAGGGUGAUGAGGGAGGUGCCGUGGAAGUUAACGUCGAGGAGGUGGCGGGACAAGAUGCCAUGGGUCCUGAGGAGGGAGGUGCAGGGGCAGAAACCUGGGAGGUAGAGAUGGCUGCAGAGGAAGGGUGGGACUGGGGUCUUCGACCUACACAAGGAGGUCUCCUGGGAGGAUCUGACAAAAGAAUGGAAGAAGCGGUUGACGACGCCCCGACGCUCGCCAUCAACCGCAUCUUCACGAUGGCUCAAGGAAACACAGCGACACGUGAUUGGCUCACGGAUUGGCAGAAGAUCGUGGCGACGCUCGAUCUGGACUUGCCAUUCCCGCAUCUGCGCCGGGAGUUCUACAACCGGUCAUGCGCCGCUUUGAGCCUCGCGCUUGGUGAUCGCGAGCAGUACAACACCUUCACCGAAAUCAUCAACAAGGUGAGGGAGAUCAUCAAGACAAACAGGGCGGCUGCACACGAGAAAUCAACAUGGCAGCCAACCUAUGUGGAGAAAGGAAAAUCUGGAUCGCGUCCGCAGCAUGUCACUGCAGUCCAAUCGGACAACAUUGUGGAAGACCCGGCAGCCACCCAAGCGUCACGUGAGGGAGAUCAAGUGGCUGCUGUCCAGCUGCGAAGCAACAACAAGUCCCGAGGAAACGGGAAGGCGAAAACCACAUCGCCGGCCGAAAACGGACAGCCAUCACCAUGGGUCAAGUUUCACUUGACCGAGGCCGAGUACAAGUACCGCGACCAUUACGGCUGCUGCUAUUGGUGCAAUAACACCAAGCACAAGACCACCCUCUGCCAGGAUCAGGGCAAGGAGGAUGUUCGGCCUCAUUCGGCUGCCUUGCUAGCAGCCUCCUACAAAUCUGGGGAGGAUGCGAAUGUCGCAAGUUCUCGGUACACUUACGAGGACUAUGCUGUCCACUUUGUCCCACCGUUGGACCAACCACUCCACGUGCAACAAUCCAUCGCAUGCACGGUUUCACUACCAUCGGCAACCGAGUCGGCAGCUUCGCCGCCAUCUAUAGCCGAGGAUUCAACGACAUGGUUAAGACUUGAAGAGCUCGACCCGUUGACGUUUGCGGACUUCCAAUGGAUGCCCCUUCCCCGGUCCGGUCAAUUGCCGAAACCGCAUUGCAACGUGCUCAUGGCACAACUGCGGGAUUACUUGCACACUGCAGUACCAACUCCGUUGAUGGACGUCGGAGUAGAGGUUGUCGACCUUCACAAUUACAUUGCGAAGAUCGACCGCGAGUUCAGGACACAGCGGUACGACAACAUCGACGCACCAUUGUUAUAUGUACGCAUUCAGAUCGGAGAGGCGACCUGCAACGCUUUGAUCGAUUGUGGAGCAUCUCGCAACUACAUGAGCCAAGACUUUAUGGUACGCGCUGGCCUUGGCCCACGCGUCCGGAGGAAGUCCCAGCCUACGCAAGUCACGUUGGCAGACGGUCACAUGCACAAGUCAAUCGACCGGUGCAUUGAUGACGUCCCCGUGUACUUUGCCCCGCUUGCAAGCGAGGCGGUGUCCUUCGAUAUUUUGGACACCAAAUUCGACAUGAUCUUGGGCAUGUCAUGGCUGAGAAGCGAGGAUCACCCAGUGAACUUCUACCGCCGCAUCGUUCACGUUCGCUUGCACGGAGUUGUACCGGAUCGGCCCAUCCGCCACGAGAUCAUCCUCGAGGACGGGGCUGUACCUCCGCGCGGUUGCAUCGACCGAAUGAGCGAGGAAGAGUUAAGUGUGCUAUGGGCACAACUCGACGACCUUCUGGAGAAAGGCUGGAUUCGCUCAUCGCCACACGGUGCUCCUGUUCUCUUCGUCCGCAAGAAGAACAAGGAUCUGCGGUUGUGCAUCGAUUAUCGCAAGCUCAACGUGCAAACGGUCAAGAACGUCGGCCCUCUUCCACGCAUCGACGACCUCCUCGAACGGCUGGGCGGCGCCAAGUUCUUCUCCAAGCUAGACCUCAAAUCGGGAUAUCACCAACUCGACAUCCGGCAGGAGGACCGCUACAAAACCGCGUUUAAAACACGAUAUGGGCAUUUCGAAUGGCUGGUUAUGCCAUUUGGCCUUACGAAUGCCACGGCCACAUUCCAAGCGGCUAUGACAACGGAGUUCCGACACAUGCUGGAUAGAUUCGUACUCACCUACCUAGACGACAUUUUGGUGUACAGUCGGAGUUUGGACGAGCAUGUGGAGCACCUGUGCACUGUUUUGGAGCGGCUACGACAAGCCAAGUACAAAGCCAACCGAGACAAAUGCGAAUUCGCGCGGCAGGAGCUGGAGUACUUGGGACAUUAUGUGACGUCGCAAGGCAUCCGUCCACUUGUGCACAAGAUCGAGGCCAUCCGCCACAAACAGAAGCUUUUGGCUGUUGUUUUCUGCACGGUGUCAUCGUUCGAUGCAGAAAUCUACAGAAGGCUUUUACCUUUGUAUUUUCCCAGGGAUAAGAAGGAAGAGGAAAUUGCAAGGGAGAAGCUUCCAAGUGAUGUUGGUGAUGAAAAUGGAGAGACAGUGAUAGAUGAGCGGAAAAUCCGAAUCUUGCCAGGGGUUCCUGCCAUAUCCCCGAGAAGGUCGCCCUGUGUAGCAGAUCCCUUUAGGGUGUCUCCGAAGAGGUAAGGACCCUCCUAUGUUGUGGUCAUGCUUAUGCUGUGAAAGUUGUCAUGUAUUGCCAUGCAUUGAUUUCUCAUUCUGAAAUUUCUACUGAUAUGGGCAAGAUGUAAAUCUGCUUGGAACUUAGGCAAUCAAGCUCAUGUUGUUCA